AAUUCCCUUUCCCCUAUAGUUUCCCUUCAAAGUGGGCAGAAAGAGCCAGUACUGCCUCGUUCACUCAAUCUCGAACGGGGAGUAGUGUACCUGGAUGCGGGGACUUGUUUCCUUUUCUUUAAGUUUUUUUUUUCGCACGGCUGGAGAGGCAAAUUUUCGAAAAUGGCCGGAGCAAUUAUUGAAAAUAUGAGCACGAAAAAGUUGGUUAUCGUGGGACUUAUUCUACUCUUAUUUCAGGCGUUUUCGUUUAUGGUCGGAGGUUUGAUUGCUCCCAGUCCCACCACUGCUGUGCACUACCUGGCCACGAAGUGUGUGGACAGUGUGAAAGCGCACCAUCAGGGCAAGAAGUGGUUCAUGCCCUGGGGCCCCUACCAGUGCGACAAGAUCCGAGACUUCGAUGAGGCCAUGGCCAAGAGGAUCGAGGCCAACAACAUUGUCUUUGCUGUGCAUAUUCCCCUGCCCAACAAAGAGAUGAGCCCCUGGUUCCAGUUCAUGCUUGUAAUCCUGCAGUUUGAUAUUGCGUUCAAAAUGUACAACCAGAUUCAAGAGGGAGCGGUGGCCACCCUAGACGUUGGCCUGGCCUAUAGGGACAGCACCUUGAGUAAAUGGACAGAGAUGGCGCAUUCCGUGGAAAAGCGCAAGCUGAAUUGUAACUUCACCACAACCAAGACUGUCGAGAAUGAGGGCCGCUACUACGAAUGUGACCUUUUGCCCUUCAUGGAGCUUGGUAGCGUGUCUCACAAGUACUACCUGCUUAACAUCCGGCUGCCUGUCAGCGAGCGCAAAAACUUGAACGUGGGGAUUGGGGAGAUCAAAGACAUCCGUCUGGUGGGUAUCCAUCAAAAUGGUGGCUUCACAAAAGUCUGGUUUGCCAUGAAGACCUUCCUCACCCCUAGCAUCCUCAUAAUCAUGAUCUGGUACUGGAGAAGGAUUACCAUGAUGUCAAGACCCCCUGUCCUGCUGGAAAAGGUCAUCUUUGCACUGGGAAUCUCCAUGACCUUCAUCAACAUCCCGGUAGAGUGGUUCUCCAUUGGAUUUGAUUGGACAUGGAUGCUUCUCUUUGGGGAUAUCCGCCAGGGUGUCUUUUAUGCUAUGCUGCUGUCCUUCUGGAUCAUCUUCUGUGGAGAGCAUUUAAUGGACCAGUCAGAGAGGAACCGUUUGUCUGUGUACUGGAAGCAGGUGGGGCCCAUCGUCUUUGGCUCCUUCUGCCUUUUCAUCUUUGAUAUGUGUGAGAGAGGAGUGCAGCUCACCAAUCCUUUCUACAGCAUCUGGGCCUCUGAUGUUGGAACAGAGCUGGCUAUGGCUUUCAUCAUUGUGGCUGGAAUAUGUGCCUGCCUCUACUUCCUGUUCCUGUGCUUCAUGGUGUUCCAAGUGUUCAGGAACAUCAGCGGAAAGAGGUCAUCUCUGCCCGCCAUGACCAAGGCCCGGCGCCUGCAUUAUGAGGGUCUCAUCUUCCGCUUCAAGUUUCUGAUGCUGGUCACCCUGGCAUGUGCAGCUAUGACGGUCAUCUUCUUCAUCGUCAGUCAGGUGAAUGAGGGUCAUUGGCACUGGGGCGACUACACAGUGCAGGUGAACAGUGCAUUCUUUACUGGUAUUUAUGGCAUGUGGAACCUGUACGUGUUCGCCCUCAUGUUCCUGUAUGCCCCAUCCCACAAGCGCUACGGAGACGAGCAGUCCAGCGGAGAUCAAGGUGGGAACAGUGGCGAAGACAUCCAGCUGACCACCACCAUCACCCAUGUGGAUGGACCCACAGAGGUUUACAAGAUGAUGGGCAAGGAGUCUCAGGAAUAGCCACCCAGCCACCAAAAUGCCUGCUUUCCAUCCCCAAAGUUUGCCAGAGUCCCAUAACAUCAUCUAAAAUGCACCUAUUUAGACGUCAAUAUAUACAUGGGUUCCUCAUUCUGAACACCCUGUUCGUAAUGUGAGGUUUCCAUUUUGCAGCUGAUCUUUUGUUUUCAGUUUUUACACUACAUUACAUGAACCUACUGAGGAUCUGUCUGAGAGAAGUGGCUUAUGCAUGGAAAUAAUUAAAAUAGGGCACCCCCUUGUGGGCAGUACAGAAAGUUACAGUACAGCUCUAUGACUCGAAAUGCAUCAUCACUUUCCCAGCAUCUCUGACUAAAUCUUUACACAGAUCAAGCAAGACAGGGAUGUAAAAGAUGGCUCACCCAUUCAUUACUAAACAUCAUUAAAGUAUUUCCCUGUAGGUGUGCAAGUUGAACCAUUUCAGCUGUCAGAAUUUCAUAGCACAUUAGUGUUGAAUAUCCCUCUUAUGUCAGAGGGACUUGUAGGAGAAUACAGAAAGCAUCCUAUGCAUCUAUUCAGUGUAGUCCAUGCAACCUUGUGAAUGCCUUGACCCCUUUGCUUUUUACUUCCUUCAUCACUGCCUACACACACACACACACACACACACACACACACACACACACACACACACACACACACACACAAAACCCCCAACAAACACCCAUAACACUGCUGCAUUCAAUGUUGUUUUGCUCCAAAAUGUGGGAUUAUCUGUCUGUAGGCUAAAACCAGUUUGUGUUGACUUGAUUUAAAAAAAACAAAACAAAACAAAAAAAAUACUAAGUUCAUAACGGUGUAGAUAUAUUUUUAUAAAGUGCUUAUUUUCAACUGUAUGGAAGCAUUAGAUGCAUCACUGUUGUAUAGAAGCAUCCUUUCAAGGUUUGUGAGACUACUCUUGUAUCACACGUAUGGAAAUGUUUGGAUUUUUCUUGCUUUUUAAGAUAAUUUAAAUAAAAGAGCCUUUUACAUCAUAA